AAUAUUAAAGUGUUUUAACUUAGAUUUAUAUGAAAUAUCACCGUCAUCGUAAAGUUUAGCAGCGUUUUAAUCGAUCGCUGAAACUUUUUUGUGAAAAGACUGAAUAAAACGCGAGAUGGAAACUGAUGAAAAAGACGUGAUUGGUCACCGCUUGAAGGAGCUCACCGACGAAGAGAAACAGCGUUUAGAGGCGCAAAACUCCCGCUUAAUACCCGAGACGAAGGCUCAAAAGCUCGAACGCGACGCCAAGCGUCACUGGGACAUUUUUUACAAGCGAAACGAGACCAAGUUCUUCCGCGAUCGCCAUUGGACCACGCGCGAAUUCCAGGAACUUAUUAACUUCGAUCCAGAGCAGAAAAUCACAUUCUUAGAGCUCGGGUGCGGCGUCGGCAACAUGCUGUUCCCUUUAGUGGAAGAAGGGUUCGAUAAUUUCUAUUUCUACGCGUGUGACUUUUCGCCGCGUGCUGUCGAGUUCGUAAAGAAUAAUAAGCUCUAUGAUCCUAGCAAGAUGACUGCUUUUUGCGCUGACUUGACUACUGACGAGUUGUUUGAGAACGUUCCGGAAGCCAGCGUGGACAUAGCUAGCCUUAUUUUCGUCCUGUCUGCCAUUCAGCCGGCGUGCUGGGAGAAAGUGGCUCAGAACGCAUUGAGAGUGCUUCGCCCGGGCGGUAUUUUGCUGUUUAGAGACUACGGCCGGUACGAUAUGGCUCAGUUGAGGUUCAAACCUGGCCAUAAGAUUGCUGAGAAUUUCUAUAUGCGUCAAGAUGGGACUAGGAGCUACUAUUUCACCGAAGAAGAACUGGCGUCUCUGUUCACCAAUGUGGGCUUUGAGAUCCUCACCAACAGCUAUGUGCAGCGGAGAACCGUCAACUUCAAGGAGGGUGUGGACGUGCCUAGGAUCUUUGUGCAGGGAAAAUUUAGAAAAAAGGACUGAGAGUUGACAUGAAGAUGUGUGACUGAACAGGAAGAAUUAUAUUCAAUGGGUACUAAGUUACGAACACGUGGCUCCUGCAUGAACAUGAGAAAGAAUACCAGCCAAUGGAGACUACUGUGCACUUUCGAUCGAUGUCUAUACUCCUCGCCGCUGAGCCCCGAGAUUGUGUCAAGAUAACAAUAGGGGGCAAUGGCUUGAAGAGCGCUACUUGCAUAUAUUUCCUUUAGAAUACUGGUAUGGAAAUGUGCGCAAUUGGUAUUGAUCAGCAGGCGGGACAAUUAACUUCACUGCUUAAACACAGGAGGUACUGAUAAGGAGCGGCGUCAUGAAACAUAAAAUGGCGGAACGCCUUCGUACAGGUAUAAUGGCAUUGGUGAUGAAGAAUUCGUGAUUUGAUGAGGUUCGGAACUCCACUGGACAUCGGAACCGAAUGAUAUAAUAAAAUUACAUUAAUAUAUUUGCCAUGGUCACAUUAAUAAAGUGAACGUUGCGAA